AUGCAGGGAGCCAACCUCUCAGCAGUGACUGAAUUCAUCCUCAUCGGCUUCUCCACCUUCCCCCACCUUCAGCUGAUGUUCUUCCUGCUGUACCUGCUGAUAUACCUGUUCACGCUGCUGGGGAACCUCCUCAUCAUGGCCACCAUCUGGAGCGAGCGCAGCCUCCACAUGCCCAUGUACCUCUUCCUGUGCGCCCUCUCCAUCUCCGAGGUCCUCUACACCUUCACCAUCAUCCCACGCAUGCUGGCUGACCUGCUCUCCACCCACCACACCAUCGCCCUCAUGGCCUGUGCCAGCCAGAUGUUCUUCUCCUUCACGUUUGGCUUCACCCACUCCUUCCUGCUCACCGUCAUGGGCUACGACCGCUACGUGGCCAUCUGCCACCCCCUGCGCUACAACGUGCUCAUGAGUCCCCAUGGCUGUGCCUGCCUGGUGGCCUGGUCCUGGGCUGGAGGCUCAGUCAUGGGGCUAGUGGUGACAUCAGGCAUUUUCUACCUCACCUUUUGUGGACCCAAUGUGAUCCACCAUUUCUUCUGCCACAUGCCACCUGUAGCGAACUUAGCCUGUGGGGACAACGUGUCCACCGUGGCCAUGGGCGUGGGCCUGGUGUGUGUCACUGCCCUGCUGGGCUGCUGUCUCCUCAUCCUUCUGUCUUAUGCCUUCAUCGUGGCCGCCAUCUUGAGGAUCCCCUCAGCCGAGGGCCGGCACAAGGCCUUCUCCACGUGUGCAUCCCACCUCACCGUGGUGGUCGUGCACUAUGGCUUUGCCUCUGUCAUCUACCUCAAGCCCAAGGGUCCCCAGUCUCUGGAAGGGGAUACCCUGAUGGGCAUCACCUACACAGUACUCAUCCCCUUCCUCAGUCCUAUAGUUUUCAGUCUCAGGAACAAGGAGCUGAAGAAUGCCAUGAAAAAGACCUUCCUCAACAAAUUCUUUCUCCAUAGCUCCUGA